AUGCAGUAUAAACCACCACUCAUGCUCAUGUUGUUAACCCUUUCUUUGGGGAUCUCCGUAGUCGAUGCCGAUGAGUGCACCGGAAGUGGUGGAUCUCAAAUUGCAUACACCAUCGUCGUAGACAAGUCCGGUGGUGGAAAUUUCACCUCGGUUCAAUCUGCCAUUGAUUCGAUUCCGUCGAACAACGAUCGAUGGAUCAAAGUUCAUAUUAAUCCCGGUGUUUACUUGGAGAAGGUAACUAUUCCGAAAGAUAAGCCUUGUGUUGUUCUUGAAGGACAAGGUCGUUCUGUCACGACGAUUAGCUUUAACGAACACGAUCAAACGGAUAAAAGCGCGACUUUCACCUCCGCUGCGGAUAAUUUAGUUGCAAGUGGUAUCACUUUUGAGAACUCCUUCAACCAUCCAUUGCUGAUAAAACGUGCUCUGAACUACGGACAAGUUCCUGGGGUGUUACCGGCAGUUGCAGCAAGAAUUUUAGGAGACAAAUCUGCAUUUUUUGAGUGCGGUUUCCAUGGGGUGCAAGAUACGCUGUGGGACGCGCUAGGCCGCCAUUACUUCUACAAGUGCUACAUCGAAGGUGGAGUGGAUUUUAUCUUUGGUAUUGGCCAAUCUUUGUACGAGGACUGUUCGAUCAACGUUACCGCUGGUGAAUUUUCUUCGGAACUUCCGUACGGUUACAUAACAGCUCAGGGCCGACAAUCACCGGAUGAUCCAAGUGGCUUCGUGUUCAAAGGCGGAGUAAUCUUCGGCACGCUGCAAGCGUAUCUAGGAAGAGCCUGGGGACCUUACGCAAGAGUGAUAUUCCAGGACACAACGAUAAACGCAAAUGUGACCCCUCAAGGGUGGGAUUCCUGGAAAUUCCCUGGGAAAGAAGAGAACUUUAUGUAUGCUGAGGUGGACUGCCAAGGACCAGGAUCCGACACAUCCAAGCGUGUUUCAUGGGAGAAGAAGGUGAGUACAGGCCAAAUGCAACAAUUUUCACUCUCGUCUUUCGUUGACCAAGACGGUUGGAUUAGCAGAUUGCCAUGA